GCAUUUCAGUAGCCCGCUGGCCUUUCCGGCGCUCGGACCGAAGUUUGUUUUAUUAUUUACAAUACGUAUAGCUUUUGUUUUUGCUUUGCCGGGUCUGGGUCUUCUACCCUAUCGCGAUUUUCUCACGUUCGCCAGCAACAAUAACCAUAUUGUUGAAUGUAAACAAUAUUGAAAUAAAUUUUCUUUAGAGGGAGUUCAACAUGCAGUCGGUGAAGACGGCAGAUUUGCCGGAAAAUCCGCGAGAACGUUCCAAUUUUAUUUCGGCAGCAUGUUUCUGGUACACCAUGCCCACUUUUAUCAAGGGUCGGAAAGACACUUUGGAUACCAAGGAUCUCUACAGAGCCCUGAAAGAGCACAAAUCGGAGACUCUGGGCAACAAAUUGUGCGCCUCGUGGGAGCUGGAACUUGAGAAGACCAAAGGAAAACCCAAUCUUUUGAGGGCUCUACUUCGAGUUUUUGGUUGGUACUUUGCCCUAUUAGGUCUGGUGCUCUUCCUGCUUGAGCUGGGUCUACGAACGCUACAGCCGAUCUUCCUGCUAAAACUCAUCGCCUACUAUACACAUUCACAAGAUUCGGAAUCCAUUGAAUCGGCCUACUACUAUGCUGCUGGAGUGAUCCUAUGCAGUGCCCUCAACGUCAUCAUAAUGCAUCCCUAUAUGCUGGGCACAAUGCAUGUGGGUCUCAAGAUGCGCGUUGGUUUGUGCAGCAUGAUCUAUAGGAAGGCUCUACGACUAAGCCAGUCGGCACUGGGAGACACCACGGCUGGACAUGUGGUCAAUCUUAUGUCCAACGACGUGGGUCGGCUGGAUUUGGCUACCAUCUUUGUGCACUACCUAUGGGUGGGACCGCUGGAGACCCUCUUUAUUACAUACCUAAUGUACCGGGAGAUUGGAAUCGCUGCCGUGUUUGGUGUAGCCUUCAUGCUGCUCUUUAUCCCCCUGCAAGGAUAUCUGGGAAAGAGGACCUCGGUGUUGCGACUCAGGACCGCCCUGCGGACAGACGAACGGGUGCGGAUGAUGAACGAGAUCAUCUCGGGCAUCCAGGUGAUCAAGAUGUACGCCUGGGAGUUGCCCUUCGAGCAAAUGGUGGCCUUUGCGCGCAAGAAGGAGAUCAAUGCCAUCCGACAUGUGUCCUACAUUAGGGGCAUUCUGCUCUCCUUCAUCAUCUUCCUGACGCGAGUCUCCAUUUUCCUGAGUCUGGUGGGCUACGUGCUGCUCGGAACGUUCCUCACACCGGAAGUGGCCUUCCUGAUCACCGCCUAUUACAACAUCCUGCGCACCACCAUGACCGUGUUCUUCCCACAGGGCAUCUCCCAGAUGGCCGAGACCCUGGUGUCCAUAAAGCGUGUCCAGAAGUACAUGCAGUCCGAUGAGACGAAUGUGUCGGAUAAGAGUGUGGAUCUCCCGGAGGAUCCGCCAGGCAGCAAUCAGGCAACGCUUCAUGCUUACGCCGAGGAGGAUCGCGAUGAGGCUGAGGAUAAGCUGUUGGGUCCAUCUCUCGCCACCAUUAAUGAGAACGCCAAGCUGUCGGAGGCGGGAAUCUCCAUCAUCGGACUAAUGGCCAAAUGGGAUGUAAAGUCUCCAGACUACUCUCUCAAUGGGGUAAACCUACGUGUUCAACCUGGAACCAUGCUGGGCAUUGUAGGACGCACUGGAUCCGGUAAAUCCAGCCUGAUCCAAGCCAUCCUGGGGGAGCUGCCCGCAGAAUCCGGUGAGAUAAAGGUCAAUGGUACCAUGUCAUAUGCCUCCCAGGAGCCCUGGCUCUUCUCCGGCACCGUGCGUCAGAAUAUCCUCUUUGGCCAGCCCAUGGAUCGCCGGCGGUAUGCCAAGGUGGUCAAGAAGUGCGCCCUGGAGCGGGACUUCGAGCUGCUUCCGUUCAAGGAUAAGACCAUUGUGGGAGAACGUGGAGCUUCGCUGUCGGGUGGCCAGAAGGCCAGGAUCAGUCUGGCGAGGGCUGUUUAUCGGGAGACGUCUAUCUACUUACUGGAUGAUCCUCUGAGUGCUGUGGACACCCAUGUGGCCCGCCAUCUCUUCGAGCAGUGCAUGCGUGGCUAUCUGCGCGAACGCAUUGUUAUCUUAGCCACCCAUCAGCUGCAGUUCCUGCAGCACGCCGAUCAGAUUGUGAUCAUGGACAAGGGUCAUGUGAGUGCUGUGGGCACGUACGAGUCGCUACGGGAGUCUGGACUGGACUUUGCCACCAUGCUGGCGGAUCCGGAGCGGGAUGAGCAUGAGGAGCGAGCGGGACGUUCCCGAUCGGGCAGCUACACCCACAGCCAUUCCGACCAGCGUCGCAAUAGUGAGCAGUCCUUGCUGUCCAUGGCCGACUCCUGUCUGGGUGAUCCCGAGGCGGAACAGGCCAUCAACCAGGAACGCCAGGUGGUGGGCCAGAUCGGCCUCCGGUUGUACAGCAAGUACUUCAAGGCGGGCGGCGGCUUCUUCGCCUUCUUCGUGAUGAUGGGCUUCUGUGUGCUCUCGCAGGGAUUGGCCUCGUUGGGUGACUACUUUCUGUCAUAUUGGGUAACCAAGAAGGGAAAUGUGGCUUACCGUGCUGAUAAUAACGACACCAUCCAUUCGGAUGAACUGGAACCACGCCUCUCCAUUUGGUUGCGGGAUCUGGGCUUGCCCGUAGACGCCGAAAUGCUGGACACGUACAUAUUCACGGUGAUCACGGUACUGACCAUUUUGGUGACCGUGGCGCGCUCUUUUCUAUUCUUCAAUCUGGCCAUGAAAGCCUCCAUUCGUCUGCACAACUCCAUGUUCCGUGGAAUCACCCGAGCUGCCAUGUACUUUUUUAAUACAAACCCAUCUGGACGUAUCCUGAACCGUUUCUCAAAAGAUAUGGGACAAGUUGAUGAGAUACUGCCCGCCGUUAUGAUGGACGUCAUCCAGAUCUUCCUUGCUCUGGCUGGCAUUGUGAUAGUCAUAGCUAUUGUCAAUCCGCUGUUCCUCAUUCCCACCGUAGUGCUGGGCAUUAUAUUUUAUCAACUGCGUACCUUCUACCUCAAGACCUCGAGGGAUGUGAAGCGCUUGGAAGCAAUCACUCGGUCUCCCGUAUACUCCCACUUGGCUGCCUCUCUGACCGGACUGUCCACCAUUCGGGCCUUUGGAGCACAGCGCGUCCUGGAGGCAGAGUUCGACAAUUACCAGAACAUGCAUAGCUCAGCAUUCUACAUGUUCAUCAGCACCUCACGAGCCUUUGGCUAUUGGCUGGACUGUUUCUGUGUGAUUUACAUAGCCAUCAUAACACUCAGCUUCUUCGUCUUUCCUCCGGCGAAUGGAGGAGAUGUGGGUCUUGCCAUAACCCAGGCCAUGGGCAUGACUGGCAUGGUUCAGUGGGGAAUGCGUCAAUCCGCCGAGCUGGAGAACACGAUGACCGCCGUGGAGCGGGUGGUUGAGUACGAGGACAUUGAGCCGGAGGGGGAGUUGGAGGCCCCAGCCGAUAAAAAGCCACCCAAGGCCUGGCCAGAGCAGGGAAAGAUCGUGUUCGACGAGCUGAGUCUGCGCUACACCCCCGAUCCGAAGUCGGAGAAUGUGCUCAAGUCCCUGAGCUUCGUCAUCAAACCAAAGGAAAAGGUGGGCAUCGUGGGACGCACUGGGGCGGGCAAGUCCUCGCUGAUCAACGCCCUCUUCCGACUGUCCUACAACGACGGAUCCGUGCUGAUAGACAAGCGGGACACCAGUGAGAUGGGUCUGCACGACCUGCGCAGCAAGAUCUCUAUCAUCCCCCAGGAGCCAGUGCUCUUCUCCGGCACGAUGCGCUACAACCUGGAUCCCUUCGACGAGUACAGCGACGAGAAGCUGUGGCGCUCCCUGGAGGAGGUGAAGCUGAAGGAAGUGGUGGCGGACCUGCCCAGUGGCCUGCAGAGUAAGAUCACCGAGGGGGGAACCAACUUCAGCGUGGGUCAGCGACAGUUGGUUUGCCUGGCGCGGGCCAUCCUGCGCGAGAACCGCAUCCUGGUGAUGGACGAGGCCACGGCCAACGUGGAUCCCCAGACGGACGGCCUCAUCCAGACCACCAUCCGCAACAAGUUCAAGGAGUGCACCGUGCUGACCAUAGCCCAUCGGCUGCACACCAUCAUGGACUCGGACAAGGUGCUGGUGAUGGAUGCCGGCAGAGCGGUGGAGUUCGGGACGCCCUACGAGCUGCUCACGGUGGCGGACUCCAAGGUGUUCCACGGCAUGGUCAAGCAGACGGGUCACGCCACCUACGAGGGUCUGCUGAAGGUCGCACAAAAGGCAUUUGAAACCUCCCAGAAUCCCAGUCUUUCCUCAUGAGACCAAGUUAUUAUGUGAACUAAGUGCUUAAAAUUGAGCCGAGGUGCUUGUCACCGAAUCUUUAUAGCUAGUUUAACUAAUGUUAAUAUUUUUGAAUGUGUUAUUUCGUGUGAAUGUAAAUAUGUUUGUCCGUAUGUAUGUGAAUACUUUAUAUAACUCAAAAAUUGUAUAGGAUUGCGUUGCCUAAUUUACUAUUUGUAUUUAUUUAACUUUCACUAAGUGCAAAGAAGUGCCUUUAAAAAUAAAUAAAAUAUUUUCUCUGUUUA